GACAGCUCCGCCCAGCCCGUUUCAUAGCGAGCCAACACUGCGCACGUGCAAAAGCCGAAGGCUCUGUGCACCGAAGCCGUCCGUCUUUGCAUUAGAGAGCUUAUUCAGGAACAUCAAUAUUAGUAUGGUGGCUGUUUGAAAAGAAAAGACCAAAAAGAAGAAGUAGGAAGAUGGCCCAGAAAGACACACUUCUGCAUCUUUUUGCUGGAGGGUGUAGCGGUACAGUGGGAGCCAUCGUGACCUGCCCCUUGGAGGUGUUAAAGACACGACUGCAGUCUUCCGGACUUACCCUCCGACCCGUCUUCCAAGUCCAGCUUGGCACCCUUAGUGGGACCGGGGUCAUCCGACCAGGCACUGUUACGCCUGGGCUGUUUCAAGUCUUACGAUCAAUCCUCGAGAAAGAGGGGCCGAGAUCUCUUUUCCGUGGUCUGGGGCCAAAUCUUGUUGGUGUAGCUCCCUCACGAGCCAUUUACUUUGCUGCAUAUUCUAAAUCCAAAGAGCUUUUCAAUGGGAUGCUGGUUCCCAAUAGUGGUGCUGUACACAUGUCCUCUGCUGGUAUCGCAGCUUUUGUGACAAACUCCCUGAUGAAUCCCGUCUGGAUGGUCAAGACCAGGAUGCAGCUAGAGAAAAAAGCCAGAGGAGAGAAAAAGAUGAAUGCCUUGCAAUGCGCCCGCCACGUUUACAAAACGGAGGGCGUUCGGGGCUUCUACCGCGGCCUGACGGCAUCCUACGCCGGAAUCUCCGAGACCAUGAUCUGCUUCCUCAUCUAUGAGACGCUCAAGAAGCGGCUCGCCGACCACCAGCUGGCCUCCCCGAACAGCGAAAAUGAGAAAAGAGCGUCUGACUUCCUGCGCUUGAUGAUGGCAGCUGCUUUCUCAAAGGGCUGCGCGUCCUGCAUAGCCUACCCACAUGAGGUGAUUCGGACAAGACUGCGUGAGGAAGGCAGCAAGUACAAGUAUUUCUUUCAGACCGGGAGGUUAAUAGCUUUGGAAGAAGGCUACGCUGCUUUUUAUAGAGGACUCAUUCCACAGCUAAUUAAGCAAAUCCCCAACACGGCCAUCGUCCUGUCUACAUAUGAACUCAUUGUCCAUUUACUGGGAGAGUCCAAGUGAAAAAAAGGGAUAUUUUCUUUUCGGCAAAUGUUGAAUGCCACAUCAUGGCUGGACACACUUUAAAAGUUUGAAUUGCAGCACGUUCAUGUAAGUGUGGUGCCUGAGAGACUGCUAUUUUGGACCUGAAGCGACUUGAUCUGUUAUCUCUAGAACACAUUGUUUAUCAGAAGAGAGCAACAAGUUGCUAACCUGUGUGGGGGGGGGAAAAAGGCCAUCCUCUCUGAUUACUUGUGUUAAGUUAACUAAAUUAUUUUGUGUUUUCUUAUUUCAGGUCAAUUUCCUUUACAUUAUCAGUGAUAAGAGAAUUUGCUUACAUGAGAAUAGAGGUUGGCUCAUGUAGUUAUGAAGGGAAAUGAUUCAGCUAUCAGUGCUAUUUGUAGCGCUGUUGGACACCUUCCAAUAAACACCAUUUUGGGACAAUACA